GUAAUCGAUAAAUUCGAGCUGUUUGCAUUUGGAUUAAUAGCAAUCGGUAUCGCACCUGGCCAAGAGACGUUCGUAGCAAUCUACUCGAAAAAUCGCCCAGAAUGGACAAUAAGCGAGUUGGGCGUCUACACAAUCAGAAGCGUGGUUGUUUCGUUGUACGAUACACUCGGAACGGCCGCUCGUUCUUUCAUCAUCAACCAGGCUUCUGUUGAAGUUGUGAUUUGUGAUGCUGAAGAGAAAGCGUCUGCAUUGGUUAAGUGCAAAUCAGAAUGUCCCACGUUAAAGUACAUCAUUAUGAUGGACGCAUGCUCGAAACAAUUCAAAGACACGGCAAAACAGGCCGGAGUGGCAGUUUACGGAUUUGAUGAAAUCGAACAAUUAGGUGCAAAACUCGAUCCUAAGCCAUCUCUGGAGAUGGUUUGGAAUGUUUUUGAACAGCUUAACAAGAUUUCAAGAAACAAGCAAGUGAUUUCAAUUCAGAGACCAAAAAUGGAUGACCUUUGUACGCUAUGCUACACAUCAGGUACAACAGGAACGCCGAAAGGUGUGAUGUUAACGCAUGGCAAUGUGAUUGCAACAACAACUGUUUUUCAAUACCUCAAAAAUGUGAAACUAACCAAUGAGGAUGUACUGAUCAGUUAUCUACCUCUAGCACAUAUGUACGAAAGAAUCGUAGAAAACGCUGCGUUCCAAUGCGGAGCUCGUGUUGGUUUCUCAAGAGGUGAUAUCAAGUUGCUUAGCGAAGAUAUUGUUGAGUUGAAGCCAACAAUGAUGCCAUUGGUGCCGAGAAUACUCACUCGGAUAUUCGAUAAGGUGACCUCAACUAGUAAUUAG